AUGGAUACCCACGACGUCUCCGAUGUUCCAGAGUACUUUCGGUAUCUUCAAGCACAGAAGCGAAACCUGAAAAACGCCCAGGCGGUCAAGGGCCGCCCAGCAAGAUCCCCAAAGUCCAAAGAUGAAAUCUUGAUGCAGUUCAUGUUUCGACACAUGAUGAGAACGGAAGUCCCUGCUAGUCCGAUGAAUAUCCGAUCCUCGUUCCUACCACCUGCCUACCCCCCCAUGCUCACUCCGACAGAUACAAUGACCGCCGUGAUGGCCAUCGUAGAAGAUGAAGACGGGAGUGUCCUCAUGUUGCAGCUCUACAACCACGAGGAGGAGCUAUCGGGUGCACAGAGCCUCAGAGAGGGUACUGUGCUUGUUGUGAAAGAACCCUAUGUGAAAGUAAUGGCAGACGGGGACUACGGGAUUCGAGUGGACCAUCUCUCGGACGUCUCGUUUAUCCCCGAGUUUGACGACCUGGUCCCCUUAUCCUGGAGGAAACGUGUCACGCAAGCUGAUGCAAACGCCUCUUCUUGGAAGGCGAAAGGAAGUGAGCAUUUUGAGAAGGGUGAUUAUCAUUCGGCAAUCCAGUGCUACUCAAAGACUUUGGAAGCCCACCCCUCAUCAGAAUUACUGGUGAUAGCGCAGCUCAACCGUGCCCUUUCCUUUUUGAAAAGCUACCGCUUUGAUGCAGCAUUGAGGGACGUUGAAGAUGUCUUGCAAGUAUCGGAGCUGUCGGAAAAGGCUCUUUUUAGGAAGGCUCAAGCCCUGUAUCAACUUCUAAGGUUUAAAGAAUCAUGUCAAACUCACGAAAUACUUGCAGAGAAGUAUCCAGAUAACACCAUGGCUGCACAUGAGUAUGCACGUGCGUCUGCUAGGUUUGUGGAGCAGAAUAGCGGCAAAUACGAGUUCAGGAAAAUGAUACUGGAGGCCAAGAAGCGUCAGCCCCAAGGCUUGACCGCGGCACCUACAUUGGCGGUGAAGGCAGGCGACCUUCUGUUCUGUGAAAAGGCAUUUGCUCACGCUUUCCAUGAUGAAAAUGGCUCGAAAGAUCUCCGUCUGUUACUCAAUGUCGACAUGGACGAAGCUACAAUCGGUACCCAAGGAGAGCUCAUUGAAUUGAUUGUUCAGAAGCUUUCUAAAAAUCCGUCCCUGCUGCCAGGAUUUGUCGAUCUUCAUCAUGGCACAUACAAAUCAGUGGAUGUCCUAGAAGUGGGUGCUAUACCCAUCAUAGAUACGUUCCUCGUUGAGAGAAUCAUUCUCCUAAACAGUUUCGGAUGUCCUCUUCUCUCCCGUCAGAGUCACAUACGCACCGUGAAAGGGGAUGAUGAUACGGACGAAAAGUCCAAUAAACAGUUCCAUUCUAGUGGAGUCUGGUCGAUGGCCUCAUACAUCAACCACUCUUGCCUGAGCAAUGCUCGUCGUUCUUUCAUUGGGGACAUGAUGAUCGUUCGUGCUUCAAGGGACCUGCCUCCUAACACCGAAAUUACCUUCUGGUACAAAUCACCCAUGACCCGUGAUCCCAAAGAAUCACCCGUCAACCUACAGCACUGGGGCUUCAAGUGCGAUUGCAUAUUAUGCCAGGACACAUGCAGUGCUAGCAGGAGUGUUCUAUCAAACCGAAAUAGAAUUUCAGCUGAUCUUCGAAGACUAUUUAAGACAUCCAAGAUGAAUUUGCGAAAAAUUGAAGAUAAAAUCUCCAUCCUCGCAAGGACAUAUUGCCGACCAGCUUCUGAAGUCCCUCGUCUUGCACUUGAUUCACCAUAUCUGUCUCUUGCUGCGAUCUAUGCUUCAUCCCGAAACCUCAAAAGGGCUGUGGAGUUUGGAUUGAUGUGCCUAGAGUCACUAGGCUUCGUUAUUGAAGGUGGAAAGGUUCCUCAUGUCCCAUAUGCCCCAUUAGUUGUCCAAAAAUGGGGCCUAAUGAAUGAUGGGGUUGUGGGAUGCUGGAUGAUUCUGUGCAGGGCAUAUCAAGAGCUCGCACCUACUCUCGCGUCCCAAGCUGAGGGAUAUGCUAGAGUAUCCUACAGAAUCUGCAUUGGCGAAGAUGAGACUUUUGAUCAGACAUAUAGCAGGCUAUCGAAUCGGGUGGAUGGCCUUUUGAUGACUGCAAAGUAG